AUGGAUAUUAUUUUUUCCGAUUGUAGGGGUUCGUCAUCGGAUUCUCUUUGGAGGAAUAGAAUUCGACGUGGAAAUCAAAAUUUAGUUAGUCGCGAAGCUGAAAGAGAUUUAAAACUUAUGGUUACUAUAUUAAGCGUCGAACAUUACGUGCUCAUGAUUUUUGGAGUUUUACAGACUAAUCCUGCUUUAUUAAUGCCUUGGCUUAUGAUGGAAGCCAUGAUUGUUGCACUUGAAUCUGUUUUUUUUGGUAUGCGUUUGUUUGCUGAAGGUCUUACAAUAAAUAGAACCGAAAUUUUCAUGUCAGGUUUGUUUUGUUGUUACUCGUCAUUAAACGCGAGCAAUAGUAAUAAUACGAGUGAUAAAGGAGGAGAAAAAUGUGAAAAUAAUAAUAAUAAUAAAAAAAAUGAUGAGGAAAAUUUAGUUUUGGGUAAAAAAUAUGAUUUGCCACCGGAACCCACGACCGAAUGCUGUUGCAAUUCAGCAUGUUCAAAUUGCGUUUGGAUAAAAUAUGCACAGGAAUUAGGACGUCAUUUUGAAAAUGGUGACGUCAUUGCUAAAAAUAAAAUUAAUGAAAAAGUUCGCGAUCCAAAUUUAAGAGCUUUCUUACUACUACAACUCGGACUCGAUAAUAAAUAA